UAUCCGUUUAUCAAAUUAAUUUGCUAUCUACGUAAUAUUUCAGUAACUUGAGUGAGUGUCUGUUGUGAUUAUUUGAAACAUGGGUGGUAAAGGUGGUAGCAGUGAUGGCGGUAGCGGUGGCGGUAAUGCAAAAAGUGGCGGUGGAGGAAAUUCUAGCAAAGGUGGUGGCAGUGGCGGUGGUUCAGGGGGUUAUAUGAAAGCCCCUGGUGGUGAUGGAUCUUACAUUUCAAGGGGAACAUUUGAAAACAACCCUCAGGGGUAUUUCAGUGGUCUGCAUGGUGCGGAUAAGGGCAACAAGAAGUAGUGCCAUUAAUUUGUUCUAAUGUUUUAAGCUGCAUGUUCUCUUAAAUAUGUAACUCUCGUGGUGAUCUAUGUCGUCACUAUAUCAAUAUAUAUAAAUAAACGCAGCUAUGAAUUACUGUUACUA